AUGCAGGGCUUCAGUGAGUACUCCGCCCCUCUGCAUCCCACCCUACGUCCCCCGGACCAAGAGGGCCUAACAACCGGCAACAAACUAGCCGGCAAGCACCCACUAGGCGCACGCGCGCGCCACCUCCGCACAAGCGGCGCGUUGAUCGUGCGCUUCGAGAUGCCCUUCGCUGUAUGGUGCACGACGUGCAAGCCGCACGAGACGCUGAUCGGGCAGGGUGUGCGGUUCAACGCCGAGAAGCGGAAGGUCGGGAGCUACUACUCGACGCCGGUGUAUAGUUUCCGGAUGAAGCAUGGGGCGUGCGGGGGGGGGAGGAAGCGGGAUACUGGAGAGACGGGCGGGGUGGGCAUUGGGGAGAUUGCGGAGGAUGCGUUUGCGAGGUUGGAGGGAAGGCGACAGAAUAAAGACUGGGACGAUCCGUAUGAGCGGUCGAGACGGUUGCGGCGGUCGUUCCGGGUGGAGCGCAAGGCGCGCGAGGGGGAUAAGAUGAGCUUGGGGAUUGAGCUUGUGGAGGAGACGGAGGAGGAUAGCAUGCGGGCGGGCAUGGUGGACUUUGGGCGCGGGGAUGAUACAACCCAAAUCAUGCGUCGCCGGCCGUUGUUCGACUCGCGGAAUGGGAAACGAGACGCCGCUAGUAUGCUGGCUGAUCGCAAGGCGCUGUUUCGCAUCGAUCCGUUUCUCAACCAGGAUGGGAGUGCAUGGCGGCCGGAGGUCAAGAGGAGAAAGACGACAUCGACAAAAGGUGUAGAUGUCGCUGAUGAUGGACCAGCCGCAGUUAAAGCCCCUGUCAAGCCAGAUAGACCGGUUGCACCACCCGUGCUGGUCAACUAUACGUCUGACAGUGACUAAGUGACGACUGGAUGCAUGAUUCUUUCUGUAUUUCUACGGCGUUUUGUUUGCAUGAUACCCGGCGGAGUUCGCCUCAGAUUACAUGGUUUGGACUUGUUCCAGAAUUGACCGCUUUCAUUUCUGAUAAACAUAAAU